AUGUCUACUACCACCAGCAAUGUCCACUACCAGCAAUGUCCACCACCAGCAAUGUCUACCACCACCAGCAAUGUCUACUACCACCAGCAAUGUCCACUACCAGCAAUGUCCACCACCAGUAAUGUCUACCACCAGCAAUGUCUACUACCACCAGCAAUGUCUACUACCACCAGCAAUGUCCACCACCAGCAAUGUCCACUACCAGCAAUGUCCACCACCAGCAAUGUCCACUACCAGCAAUGUCUACCACCACCAGCAAUGCCACUACCAGCAAUGUCCACCACCACAAUGUCCACUACCAGCAAUGUCCACUACCAGCAAUGUCUACCACCACCAGAAAUGCCACUACCAGCAAUGUCCACUACCAGCAAUGUCUACUACCAGCAAUGUCCACCACCAGUAAUGUCUACUACCACCAGCAAUGUCCACUACCAGUAA